GAUGCUUUUUUUUAUCAUUGUCUCUUUCUCAUUUAAAAGAUAUUAACAAGCAAACAGAAUCCCCCUCUUUUGAUCAUGGUUUCAUUCAUCAUUAAACCAAUGAUCCUCCUUUUUUAGAAAUCUUAGAUCUGCUUUUUAUCAAGCUGUUGGUGGUUAUCUCAUCAACAAAAGAUUUAAAUUCAAGAGUAGAAGCACCUGUUAGAGAUAGUGUUAGGCAAGGUGGAUCGAAGGCAAGGAAAAAGGUCUCUCUCCCUCUCUUCUGAUCAUCUAUCAGAAGAGAAAAGAGAAGGUUUCAAUUUUCCUGUUUACCUAUCAUCAUCUGAGAAUCUAAAGGAAGAAGCUUCACCAUCACCGUUUUCUCAUCUUAUUAUGAACACCAGCAAUAGAAGCACCCUCUUUCCAAUUCCAGAAGGGAAAAUAAGCACUUCUGAUCAUCAAUUUGUUGAGGGGCAGGACUCAUCUAAGUUUAUACUUCAAGGCAAUGAAAGGAAAAAACACUAUAGAGGUGUGAGGCAGAGACCUUGGGGAAAAUGGGCUGCUGAAAUUAGAGACCCUAAAAAAGCAGCAAGAGUGUGGCUUGGGACGUUUGAUACAGCAGAGGCUGCAGCAACCGCUUAUGAUACUGCAGCAUUGAAGUUUAAAGGAAACAAAGCCAAGCUCAAUUUCCCUGAACGUGUUGCUAAUUUGCUACCACCCUCAUCACCACCACCUAACAAUGUUGCUUCAGCUUCAGCAGCUUCUUCACAAUCAUCACUCCAAAAAAAUCCCCCACUAUUAUCAUCUUCUGAAGAAGGAUUUCCGAACCUAAUGCAGUACGCGAGGGUUCUUUGUAGCAGGGAUGAUGAAGAUCUUCAACGCGCUGCAUCAGGUCUUUAUAACUAUCAUCAUAACAAUGAGCAAUCAGUUUAUGAUUCACCGGUACCGUUUUUCUCAACACCAGCAGCAAUGCCUUCUUCAAGUUCUAAGGAUGUUGUGUCGCCUGGUCAAUAUCAAAUUGGAGAUUUUGGUUCUUAUUUUUGUAAUAAAGGUAGUUUCGAUGAAAGAAACACGAGGGGGACAUAGUUUCUAUCUGAAUUCUGCUAAGUGCAUGCACUUGGGGAGACGGCAAGCAUACGAGAUCUUUAUUUUUUCUGAUUUUUAUCUCACAUUCAUGUUUUUUACUCCCACUUUACCGGUUGCUUCUCUUGACUCCCACAUGUAUACGGGGAUAUGAGGAACUACAUGAAGUGUGAAACAAUAAUUUUUUGUUUUUUGGGGUGAGAUAAAUAUAAGGUGGGACAAUUAUUUUCUUCUUAAAAUGGAACACCUCUUCACCCUAUA